CACAGCUACGAUACGGAAGUGCUUACCUAUUACAGCUUUCUAGCUUGUUUGCUCAUUUCCACUGCCAGCCAAGCUGGAAGGGCAACUUAGAAGUUAGCAGGGGCGCUAUCCAGCUGCUCUGCUGUCUCGUGUGGACGCUCCAAUGUCACCAAAAAUGGCGGUCUACUCUGCUCUGGUCUGUCUGAUUAUCCUCUUUGUCUCGUCAACGCAAGCUCAAAAUGCGGGCCUCAUUGUAAUCCCUUCCACGGUCACCCCUGAGCUGGGUGCUUAUUACAUCAAUAAGCUGGGGUCCGGUUUCGCCUAUUACAGGCUGCUGACCCAGCGCAACAAUGCUGGCACCAACGCUUAUGCUCUGGUGAACAACAUAAGCGCGGACGCAGAUCCCAUAAGUGCUGCUCGCACCAUUUCCCCUCUCAGGGGCUUCUACUCCAAGGGCGGGAUUGGGGGAAAGGUUACUGUAGAAAUUUUCUAUAAGCUUUUGCGCUGUGCAGACGACAACUGCGCAAUCAUGGAUAGGAUUCUGGUGACAGGUGUUGCUCCAAACCGGCCGGGGCCUGCAGACGCCCUUUCUGUUGUUCGGGCCGGGAUUGGGAGCAGUUUCUGGCUUCUUAACGCAAACCAGGCGACAGCAAAUGCUCUCCUAGCGGCCGCAGAGGAGCGUUCUUAUAUGGACAAAACGUACGACACGCAGUUGUACUAUAAGGUGAACGUUCAGCCUCGGGCCUGCAGUCCGGUUGUGCCGCUCACAGCUUGGGCGAGCAUUGGCGAGUUCACCAAAAACUCCCAGUUUGGCUGCCUCAACAACCAAGGCAAUACCUUCCUUUUUGCCACAAACCGCCCCUCAGGGGUUGAGAUAAUGACGGAGUCCAUUGUGCCCCCAGACCGGUGCGACGGGAGUUUGGCGGUCGUUUACGGGACCAUUGGCCCCGUGAUUGUGAAGCAAGUGCUGGAACUGGGGGCGGUAGCGAGGACGGUUAAGAUAACCCUCGCGGGAAUCUCAGCAUUGUGCCGCUCCCUGUAUGACACCCCCCAGCGGUUGUUUGCGCUAACCUCCCUAGUUGCUCAAACCACGUUCUACGAAGCAACGCUCGCAGACGACGUGGCGACAGUGACGGCGGCUGGAGAAGCUCUCGGGUUCAACGGCACGUGCGCUUUCCAGGCGUUCGAGUAUCUAUACGGGCCUCUUGUUAUCGGCCAGAGCAAUGCGCUUCGGGACAGCACGAACAACCAGACGUUCCUCGACCUCCUGUUGCCGUACAACGAUAACCAGCCGUGCUUCGCACUCACCGGCAACAGUUUCUCGACGAGCAGCCGGGACCCGGGUGAGGACGCGUGCGCGGCGAUCUUCUACGGAGAUGCCACGCAAACAUCUUCCCUCAGGUGUCGAUCGACUUCGAGACGACCAAGAAUUACCUCAUCAGCAGCACCGAGGUCAAGCUGCACCUGGAUUCCGUCGCCGCCAACGCGGCCUCCAUCCUCGCCGUCGAGGUCGCGCUCGCGUCAGCGGGCAUCAUCAUUGCGCGCGCGAUUGGCCGGCUGGGGGUCUACCGCCGCCGCAAAAUCUCCACCCCCAUUGCGCGCGCGGUCGCGCUCAUGA